AAUUUUGAAAGGUGCAGCGAUAUGAAACCCUAGGCACAAUCAAUUCAAUUUUAUUUGACCAUUCGUCUCCAAUUUGAAUUUUCCUUUUCACCCGCAAAGCCAAAACCCCCAAAUUAACAACGGUAAUAUGUUGGAUAAUUCAAAACAAGACGCGGUGCAAAAGAAGACACAGGCUCCAGAGCAUGAAGAAAUCGGAAGCACUCGAUUCGAUUCGAUUUCCGAAGCAGCUAAAGCAGAUGAAGACGAAAUCUGUUAUCUUUCGGGGAAGCCAUAUUUUGAUUUAGUUUUAUCAAAAUCACAUUUGCUGCCCAAUGGACUGUUCGUGCCUGUCACUAUUAGUAGCACGCUUCCUCGUACAACUGUCCCUGUUGUUCUAAGACACGGUGGCAGAACUUGGAACAUGUCUUACGUCGGGAACAUGGUUCGCCGUAGGUUUGACAGCCAAUGGAAAACAUUUGUGGCCGACAAUAAUCUGAAAGUUGGAGAUGGUUGUGUUUUCGAACUAAUGGAGUCUAGCGGUACGAAUCUCAUAUUCAAAGUUAUGAUUGUGAGGGGCGAUAUUCCACCUCAAUUGCAGGAACUGAUCGAUUCUCGUGGUAAGUCUGACGAGGCACCUAUAGUUCUCGACUAGACUCGGUUCAUUGAAUUCGAUGAUACAGUUAUAUGUCAUAGAAUUGUACGUCUCGAAUAUCUCUAGUUGACUCUUGAUGAAAUCUUCGACUUAUUAAUAUUCAUUUUACAUGUUCGUUUCAA